AUGCAGUCAUCAUCAGCGGGUGCGCCAUUUUCCGAUGUGUCGAAUCUCAUCAACAUUAACGACGGUUCGGAGUCGAUGAAGAUGAUUUUAAGGGCAGUCGGCGAAAACCUCGAUAACUUCACAUCCACUACGAUGGAGACUACGACAACAACCAGUCCGUCUGAUUUACCACAACAUGUUCCGAUGGGCAUGUUUAUGACUAUUCUUAUGAUUAGUAUUGGCACGAUAUUUGCCAUCGUGACUUCGGUUGGAAAUUUGAUGGUUGGUUUUGAUGGGAAAAGGAAAUGGGCAGGGUUUGGGAAAAAUAUUGGGAAGUUCAAACCAAUCUCCUUUAGAACUUAAUUGAAGAUGAUUAUCACCAGUGAUUACUUUUUUAAUAGUAAUUUUUCAAAAAUAAAAAAAAUAUGCCAAAAUUUUUCACUCAAUCUCAUUGUUUCCAGGUGAUGAUAAGUUUCAAAAUCGAUAAACAACUUCAAACAAUUAGCAACUAUUUUCUAUUCAGUUUAGCCGUUGCCGAUCUAACUAUCGGUAAGUUCUAAACCUUCCGAUUUUCUCCAUUCCAUCGCCAAACAUUUCCAGGUGUCAUAUCAAUUCCCUUGUUCACCUAUUAUGUGAUAAAAGACCAAUGGGACCUCGGCUAUGUAAUGUGCCAAUUUUGGCUAUGUGUCGAUUAUUUAAUGAGUAAUGCAUCGGUUCUCAACCUUUUGCUCAUUUCAUUCGAUCGAUAUUUUUCGGUAACUCGACCGCUUUCUUAUCGGCCUCGAAGAACAACGAAAAAAGCAUUGACAAUGAUUGCGUGCACUUAUAUUAUUUCAAUGAUUUUAUGGCCACCGUGGAUUAUUUCAUGGCCUUAUAUUGAGGGAACUGAGCAGAGUGUGAAGGAUUCAAAUCAAUGUGCUGUACAGUUUUUGGCAACUAAUGGUUAUGUAACUGUUGGAACAGCAAUUGCCGCAUUUUAUUUACCUGUUACUAUUAUGUGUAUUUUAUAUACUCGGGUUUAUAUGGAAACUCAAAAAAGGCAGAAGGAAUUUGGAAAAUUACAAGCUUCCCAGGUAUAUUUUUAUUUGUUUCUUAUUUUUUGAUAAAUUCAGAACUUAUUUCUGAAUUGAAUGUCAUUCAGAGUUAUUCUCAGUCAAGUGACAAUAAAACUGACCGGCCAACAAGACGUGGAUCAAAAAUUGCAAAAAGUAUCAGAAAGGUCCUUUUGAUAGAUUUUCUCGUUACCAUUCCCGUUUUUAUAUCAAAUAAGAAUCCGAGCAUGAGAAAAUUUAGAUUGAAAAAUCUAGCAGAAUAACAAUUUUACUUUCAGUUUCCGCGGAGGUCAAUAAAACGAGAAAUUUCAUCAACUUCGAUUGUAAAAUCAUCUGGAUCAAUCAGAAAGAAACCGGGAAACGCGGAUUAUGAUGAAGUUGCAACUACAACAAGAAUAUCAAAAAGAAGAAAUUGGUUAAGAAAUUGUACUGGAAAAUCGAAUUCCUCUUCAGAAGAAUCAUCAGAAGCUGCUGCAAUGAACUUGGAUACAACAUCUCUAUCAAGUUCGCAUUUUGCUAUGAACUCGUCUGGGAAAAGAAACGGAGGAAGUCGAAACUGUGGAUCACCUCCAUCUUGUACACCACUUCCGACAAAUUUCGAGGAAGAAGAUGAGAAAACUGAUGCUGCUGAAUCGAUGAGAAAUGGAUCAGCUAGAUUUAGAUCAAGACCGACGAAUGAAAGUAAUCGAUCAUCAGAAAAGAAGGGCGAUACUUAUACGGUAUGUUUGGAGAGUUUUUGAAUCAGAGCGAAGGACCCAAUUCUUGAGAGAGGGGCCGAUUCAAUAUUUUUCUCAUUUGAUUAUUUUGCAGAAAAAAAAUUCAAAAUUUUUCAAUCAAAAUAUUGUUUUCAGGUCUUGAUUGAAUUGAAUGACGAGGGAUCGAGACCAAGUGUUAGGCUUAGCAGUUGUGAACCAUUUCUUGAGUGAGUUUUUCUAGAACCCAACCCAAAAAUUAUUUUUCCAAUUUUUCAGGCAGCCAAGCGUUGCUAGAAAUCGUUCAAAAAGUGAUUGUAACAGUGAAGUUCCCGAAAGUCGUCGACAAAGUUUUCUGGGAAAACGUAAGUUUUUAUCUCCGAAAUUUUCUAGCCUUCUAUCAAUUCUCUCUUCUCAUUCCAGAAUCACCAUUCAAAAACGGUCGAAUUCUCAAGAAUUUCUCGACAACCGAAAGGAAAAGCGAGAAAGAGCAACGGAAAAACGAUCGAAAACAAGAGAGUAAAGCCGCCAAAACACUUUCGGCCAUUUUAUGCGCGUUUAUUGCCACUUGGACACCGUAUAAUUGUGAGUUUUUACGAGUGAGAUAUUAGUUUUUGUCGUGUUGUUUUUUGUGCAAGGCUGGAGGCUGGAGGCGGGAUGGUUGGAAACAAUAUUCAAAAAAAAAUGAAUGUCAAAUGGGGAAUAUUAGUUCUAGUGAUAAGGAUUUUUUUCAAAAGUUGAUAAAAACAAGAAGUUUCACAUGCCUUUCUGAACGAAGUUGUGAUUUCUGAACAAAAUUCAAUUGUCAAGAUUCAGCGCCUAGAUUCUCACUCUAAAAAGGAGCCGCGCCUUGAGAGAUCAAUUGUAAAGUAACGAAGCCUAGGGAAUACAUUUGUCAAGGAUCAGAGCCUAGAGGAAACCAAUUUUCAAAUUUUUGAAAUUUCAAAACAUUCAUCUGGCAUAUUACACUUGAAAACUUGGUAUUUUUCAAUGAAAAUAUUCCAUUUUCAGUAUUCGUCUGCAUUUCCACAGUUUAUCCAAAUGCGAUCAACAAAGACAUUUAUAGUUUCGCAUAUUUCCUAUGCUACAUUAAUUCGACAAUUAAUCCUGUUUGUUAUGCAUUAUGUAAUGCUAGGUAAGACUCUAACUAUAUAUAUUUCCCUACAAUAACCAUCAAAUUCAACAGAUUCCGUCACACUUACAUGCGAAUUCUUCGAUGUAACUUCAAAACUGAAAGGCCGACAAUGAAUACAGGAUAUGUUAGAAGAUAG